UCAAAUGUAAAUUUCAAGCAAUUUGUUUUCAAAUAUUUCGAACACCAAAUUCUGUAGAAUUUUUUUUCGGUUGUGCAUUUGUCAAUUUGUAUAAUUUCUGUGAUUUCUUGUUAAAAAUUUAUCAAAAUUUAUAACUUCCAACUAAAAACGCAGGAAUAUUAAGAAGAAAAUUUCCAACAAAACCAAAUAGAGACAAGAAAUAACAAAAUUAUGUGUGAUCAAGUUAUAUGUGAAGUUCCCGAAGAAUGCACUCUAAAUGCAAAUCCCUGCGAUGCUGCAGUUGCUGCUGGCAACUAUUGCGGCGACUUUUGCCCCCCUCGUUGUGAACCUUGUCAAGCUCCUUUGGAAUAUCCGUCGUGUCCUCCGGUAGGUGAAUAUAAUUCAAGAUGUGAUUGUGGCGACUAUGCGGGAUGUUGUUAUCAACAACCCUCUAGAACUUUACCCAUAAAACCACAAACCUGUAUUAUGCGUGCCACCGAACCUCUAGAAACCGAAACUAUUUACAAACGUUCUUAUCCCGGCAAUUAUGGUGAUACCUUCAAAGCAAAACCUGUUAAGCCAUACAAUAAUAUUUCCUCAAUUAAGGAACCCAUGGAAAAAUGCACCAUACAAAAAUUGUCGUAUAUGCCUCACCCGUGUGUGGCUCGUGUUGAACCCAUAAGGCCCCGAGAUAAUUGUUUAAAUUUUACAGGUCCUUUAUAUGCCAUAACCUCACAGAAACAUGAUUUUAUGCCCAAGGGUUAUUGUAGAAGAGAACCCAUUAAGCCUAGUAAUGGCAUAUGGAAGUCGUGUGAUCCUUUAGAACAUUGCACAGUCAAUAGACUUUCCUAUAUGCCCGUGGAUGUGUGCAAGAACCCACCUCCUAGACCUAUAGUACAAACAUAUAAUUAUAUACGUCCUACUGCACCCGGAGAACAGUGUACUAUACAAAAGUUGAGUUAUUUGCCAGUGUGUUUGCCUGCCAAGGAACCCAUGCCUUGGGCAGAAAAAUCUCGUUGUCCACCACCUAAAUAUGAAAAUCUAGUCAGUACCUACAAUUUGAGUUACAUACCGAAUUGUAAUAGCCAUCGUAUAGCGCCCAUAAUGCCUAUGAACGGCCUCAAGUUCCUGGGCACAGACUGUAACGAUGGAAAUACCGUUUACAAACUUAGUUAUAUUGGCAACGAUGCCCGUUGCUGUCGUCCUGCUCCCAUUCUACCCCUAAAUAGCCUACAUAUGCCCACCGGUCCUAUGGAGAAGUGUACAGUACAGAAAUUAUCAUAUCAACCAAACUAUUGUACUGGUCGCACUGCUGCCAUAAGACCGCGUGAGAACUGUAUAAAACCUUCGGGACCCAUGUACUUUAUGACAACCCAAAAACAUGAUUUUGUUCCGAAACCAAUUUGUCGUCGUGGCACUAUUAAACCGCCUUCCUUAAUUUGCCGUCCUUCGGGUGGUUUGGAGAAGUGUACUGUUAAUAAAUUAUCCUAUAUGCCGGUUAAUGUUUGUGAACAUCGUCGUCCUGCGCCUGUAAAACCACCAACAGGUAUUUGUCGUCCUCAGGGGUCAAUGGAAAAGUGUACUACCUAUAAAUUGAGUUAUAUACCGAAUUGCAUAGGACCUAAGGAACCAUUACCAUGGGCCAGAGCCUCAAGUUAUGUUAAGCCAACAGCACCGAUAGAAAAAUGCACCAUACAGAAAUUGAGUUAUGGUCCUCCGGGAACGUUUAACAGAUGUGGAGCUUGUUGUAAUCAAAACAAUAAUAACUCCAGAUUUCCUAAGGCGGGUAUUUGUUAAAAGAAGCAAGAAUUUCUUGAACUUAUUUUUUUAAAUAGCUGUAUUUUUCCCCAACCUUUGAAACAGUAAAUAAAUUUGUCCAAAACUAUA